AAUCAGUUCCCCAGUGGUAGCAAGCUUGCUGAUAAAAGGCUCCAACUCUGUGCAGUGGAGUGACAGAGUCAAAUUCCUAUUCCCAGCCUAUGCACAGACUUCUUAAACAAACUCCUUUUCUUUUAAGUUUAGCCUGGAAAGAAAAAGAAAAAAAAAAAGCAUGCAACUACAGCCCCACUGGAGGUUGCAAUGUUGUAGCAGCUGUCAUGUAGACUCUCUGGAGAAAUGAUCUCAGCUCGAGCAGGAACACUCAGGAUCUCAUUCACAUUGCUCUGCUCCUGGAUCUUUAGGAUUUGGGGUGGGAGACGCCCAAAAAGCAAAAGGAAUUUACUGCUGCUUUUCACUGCUUGCGUGCUCUAUGGGAUUUUUAUAGUCAGCAAAGUGGUCUCUCUAUGGCCACAUCAGGGGGACGAGAAGAACCCACCUCGCAACAGAGCCCUGGGAGAUGCCUCCACUAAACCACCUAGGGCACAUCUACAGCAUGGCAACUUCUACAUGGUGAGUGAGCUGUCAGAGGGGGGCGUCCCGAGCACCCUUCCAGCAGCAACUCUGAAACCCAAUGUUGUGUACAUCACUCUGAGGUCUAAAAGAAGCAAACCAGCCAACAUCAGGGGCACGGUGAAGCCCAAGAAGAGGAGGAAAUAUGCGGCACAGGUGCAGUUUGAGCAUAGCCAAGGCAUCCUGCAGCAGGGAUUCAACAAACAGAUGGACCAGCAAAGGUUGGGAGAAGGGGAAGAAGAUGCCACUGCAGCCAGGGAUGGGGCUGUCAUCCUGCUGGCUGUACCAAGAGGGAAGACUAGUGCACACCAAAGCAACAUUAGGAUUUACAGUGACAGUGCCCCUCCUUGGUUCAGUGCAGAAGACAUCAGGGCAAUGAAGUUUUUAGCUGACUGCAAAAUCAAGAGAAUUAAGCAGGUGCCUUCAAGUCACGGUGACUUGAUCCUGUUUGAGAACCCGUCCAAGAAAAGGCCAUUUUCAUUAGCACCUACCUCUGCCUGCCAGGGGAUCUGUGGGCUUAUUAAAAGACCCCUGGAUAUGAGCGAAGUAUUCGCGUUCCAUUUGGAUCGGAUCUUAGGGAUUAACAGAACGUUGCCAUCUGUGAGCAGAAAGCUUGAGUUCGUCCAAGAUGGUCUUCCGUGUCCUGUUAUUUUAUGGGACUCCUCUCUGUCUCCAGCUGACAACACCACUCAAUCCUCCACCAGAAUGAAAUGGAGUACCUACCAACAUAUACUAAAGCAGAAUUGCUGGUUGAAUGGCAAAGUUCCAAAAGCAGAAUCUGGCUGUACUCAGAUUCAUCACCACGAAUGGUCCAAGAUGGCCCUUUUUGAUUUCCUUUUACAAGUGUACACUCGACUCGACAGAAACUGCUGUGGCUUCAGGCCCAGGAAAGAGGAUGUAUGUGUUCUACAAGGCCUGAACUUGAAAUGUGAUGAUCCAGGGAAUAUUGACCUAACACACAUCAUGCAGAGGAGGGAUGAUCCAAGGCAUCUUGUGUUUAUUAGUAACAAAGGCUUUUUUGACAGAAGUGAAGAUAAUCUGGAUUUUAAAUUGCUUGAUGGAAUAAGAGAGUUCCCUGAGUCUGCAGUUUCCAUACUUAAAAGCCAUCGAUUACGAGAAAAGCUACUUCAAUCCUUCUUUCUUGACACAGUCUUCUGGGAAAGUCAAAGAGGACGUCAAGGGAUUGAAAAGCUCAUUGAUGUUAUUGAAAGAAGAGCCAAAAUCUUGUUGACUUACAUAAAUGCCCAUGGAAUAAAAGUCAUACCUAUGAAUGACUAAAUUGUGACAAUCGUCUCAGGACACGAGCAAUGGAAAACGUUGGUGUUUACUUGAAAUUGCACAAAAUAGAACUGACGAAGACAUUUUGUUGUUACUAAAGCAGUAACAAAAAACUGCACUAUGCUGGCUUUGCCACUUAUAUCAGUGUGUUAAGACUGUCUUUGUUUUUUGCUAAAUGUAGCAAAAGUGAUUUACAUGGAAUGCUUGACUAAGUUAGGGAGUGGACAAUUUGUUGAAAAGUGACCAAGAUUAUGUAGACUCAACCUCCUUCAGCUAGAACAAUUAUGACUAACGUUGAAAUUGCAGAUGUUUCAAAAGUUCAUAUCUAAUUAUGUAUUAGGCUAUCCAAUCAUUAUGACACAUACAGACAGAGAAUGGCAAGGUUAGCUUACCCAUCACUGGUUCAUAUUCCGAUCUUUUGUACUUGUCAAGUAAUUAGUAAAAAAAAUAGUGGCUUAAAUUCACAUUAGUUAUUUUCACUGGUAUUUGCCACAGCACAAUAACCCAAACUAUAUACAAAAAGAUAUCCUGCACAGCAUAAUGUCGAAUAAACCGAUAAAUGAUUGACAAUAUCUAAUUUUGAUAACUAGAAGUUUAGUUGAUUAUUUAUUU